AUGGAAUCCUUCCGGGUUGUGGAACAUGUCCUGCCCGGCCAGCACAUCCGGGAAUAUCAUCACAGUAUUAAGGGCCGCCAGGAGACCAAGCUCCAGCUAGCCGUCAAGCAAUACAUCCCGCUUGACCAGCCGCAGCCCAUUCCCGACAAUGCAGUCACCAUUAUCGGAAUGCAUGGAAAUGGCUCUCUCAAGGAAAUGCUAGAGCCCCUGUGGGAAGACCUAUACUCGCAUCUCAAAAGACAGUCUGUGCCCUUGCGCGGGAUAUGGAUUGCCGAUGUAUCGAACCAAGGUGCCAGCGGCGUUUUCAAUGAAGAUGUUCAGGGCGAUACCAGUAAUUUUUCUUUUACUAGUUGGUCCAGUGUCUACCGUGAUAACUAA